AUGAACGCCUCUUCCGAGCUCUUUGUCAGACUCCCCAAUCGAGUACGCAUAUGCUACCAGACUUUCGGCGAUCCUUCAGAUCCUGCUGUCAUUCUUAUUCCAGGCUCAAUGCUGUUCUGGGCUGAGCCUCUGAUUGAGAGGUUACAAUUUGGUGACGAUGGCAGGAAAUACUUUAUUAUUCGCUAUGAUCCACGAGACACUGGUCUCUCACAGGAGUUUCCAGUCCCGGCAGGAUACUCGAUUGGGGAUAUGGCGGAGGACGUGGAAUUACUUGCUGACCAUCUAAAUCUCACUGACCCAGGCAAAGGCUUCCACCUCGUCGGUGUUAGCAAAGGGGGCCCUGUAGCCUAUACACUCUCUGCACGGAGGCAUCAACAAGUCAAGAGCCUCACGCUUAUGUACACAUCUCCAGGUGUCAGUCCUGAGUUACCCAUCAAGGGUGGACUUGACCUUGGCUUCCAACCCAUGCUGGCAGGGUUUCCAAACUUAAAAGAGACUGCUAUCCAAUCCGGAAUGAAGAUGUACGACGCUCUCACUACCCAGCCCGAUGAAGCAGAAAGGAAGGAGGUUGAGAAGCAGGUUACACGAACAGUGGAGCGGGAGUACAAGCAUGGCACGCUAUUUAGCAAGGGGCCGAAUCAUGGUUCUGCAUCACACGAGAAAGACGGCUGGCCAGGAGUAGAUAUGCUCAAACAGGUCAAAUGCCCGACUACGGUCGUACAGGCUGGAAAAGACCAGACAUUUGGGGAAAUUCACGGCCAGGCGCUUGUUCAAGCCAUACCUGGUGAUGUCGAGUAUGUGCUAUGGGAGGACGUGGGUCAUGAAUUGCCAAGACGAAUUUGGGAUCGGAUGGCUGCCCUUGUUCAGAAGACUUGGGAAAAGGGUGAGAGCGCUUAG